CUUGUCACCUGUGUCCUGGUCAUGAUCACCUCGGAAGAUGCCUCUCAGCCGCAAAAUGACUCAACAGAACAAUGCUUACCUACUCUCAGUAACCUCCAAGGAAAUUGUAAAGAACGUGAGUCGCGCCUACGGUUCAGUCAAACAAAAACAAAGACAAAGAUGAUGAUGAAUUGACGCCCGGACGCCGCUACUAAAUGACGAAGACAGCAAGAUGAGCACGCCACACCUGAGUUGAUCCAAGUUGAGCACACUUACUCCAUACCUGAGUUGAUCCAAGUUGAGCACACUUACUCCAUACCUGAGUUGAUCCAAGUUGAGCACACUUACUCCAUACCUGAGUUGAUCCAAGUUGAGCACACUUGCAAUGGCGCUAACCAGAUCAAUGGUUUUGCUCCUGACGUACGCCGCACUCGCAGCGGCGACGAUGCGACGACCGGAAGAGAGGACACAGGCGGUCAAGGCGCCAUCAGUGCCAUACCUCGCCGGAGGCCAAGAAGCCGAAGCCGAAGCGGUAGCGGCUACCUCCUCGCCGGCCUCACCAAUCACCGACGUCGAGGUCUUCAUCCCGGCACCGCCGCCUCUGCCUGGCAUGCCCGCGUUACCGCCGUUGCCCGGCUCCCCGGGCAUGGCAGGCGCGCCAUCGCCUUCGCAGCAGCCGGCCAGUUGCUUGGGAGCGCUCGGGCGUGUGAUAACAUGCGCGCCGUACCUCACCGACUCCGUACCCGUGCCGCCGAGUACAUGCUGCGACGGCUUCAGGUCGCUCGUCGGCAGCAGCGCCCGGAUCUGCUUGUGCCAUGCCAUCAUCGGCAACUUGAGUACAUUGGCCGGGGGGGAGAUCGACCAGCUUCGCUUGCUCGUGCUGCCUCUGACGUGUAGCACGUUCGUGCCCCCGGACUUGCUUCUCAUGUGCAUCCUGUCUCCGGUGCCGCCGAUUAUGCCUCAGCACUACCGCGCCGGUGUCGGAGAAAGGCUCGGUGCUCUCGGCGGCUAGGCCAUUGGCGUGCUCUGGAAAAGAAGGAGGAGUGUCUAUUUAGAAGUCGACUGAAAUUGAAUUAGGCUUCAGUCGAAUUCCUGUAUGUCUAUCAUCUAUGUUCCCCGCGCACUGCAUGUAUGUCAAUUUUCAUCUGAUAUCUCA